AUGGAUCGCUUGGGCGCGCUGCUGUGCCCCGUCAAGCCGGAUGGGAACUGGUCGGCUCCCGCAGAGUUGCCCCAGUUGCCCAAGCUGGAGGACUCCAAGGAAUGCUCAUCGAGCUUGUCCGAGGCGUCCACGUGGACCACCGAGGACUCCGAGGUGUCUGGGGCUUCGAAGCAAGAAUUGCGAAGGUGCGCUCAGCAACGCCAGCUGAACAGCUUCUUGCAGUUGCACGAGUUCCAAGCGGUGAACAGGCCGAGAUCCUGCGGGACACUUUUCGGCGAGAGCAAGAUUUACCCGAUCCAUGUGGCCGCGCAGAGCGGAAACUACCAGCUGGUAAGGAUUUUACUGGCAUCAGGCGCUGACCCAGAAUGCAAGACCUCCAAGGGCCGCAAGGCGCUGGACGUUGCCCGUGCAGCAAACCGAGAUGGCUCGCACGAGCCGGUGCUUUACUUGCUCACCGGUCAAGUCAAGAUCGGCACAGCUCGAGAGCUGCGCAGCGAGAGCAGUGAGAGCUUUUAA